AUGUCUCGGCUCUACGUGGGCUUGAAGGGCCGCGACACGUACUACGACCGUCGCACCGCCCGCAGUCAGGCAGAGUGGAAGGAAAAAGUUUCGCGGUCCUGCACUGUCUACGUCGGCAACUUGAACUUCUCAACCACUGAAGAUGAGCUCUACGAGAUUUUCAGCUAUGCAGGGCUGAUUCGCCGCGUCGUCAUGGGCCUUAAUCGCCAGACGCGAGCGCCUUGCGGCUUCGCAUUCGUCGAGUAUUUCAGGCCGCUCGGCGCCAAAAUCGCGAUCUCUGUUCUGAAUGGAUGCUCGUGCGACGGCCGCGUGAUUCGCGUCGAUGCAGACAGUGGCGAAGACAUCGACGGUGACAGAAAAUACGGUAGAGGUUUCACGGGGCGGCAGUGGCGCGAUGAAUACCGCGAGGACUACGACCAAGGGCGCGGCGGCGAAGGGCGGAAGCGCGCGCGAGAAGAGUUCGCCUUCGUGCCUGCGCCGCCGGGCUUGUUCUACGCCGCGGCGGCGGGUUUUCCUGCACAGCCUGCAUUCGUCGCGGGCGCGGGCGUCGUGGCGACAGACGGGCGAAACGUGCGUGCCAAGACGAUGGCGGUCGUUCCGCCUCCGCCACCGGGCGUCCUCUCGACGGAUCCUGCGCUCCCUUCUGCCUUCGGCGCCGUCGCGGUGGGCGCGCCGCCGCCUCUUGCUGCCUCCACGGGCUUCGGCGGAUAUCUGCAGCUCGUGGGGAAUGCACAGAACGCAGGCGGCGCGCCUGCGGCGGCGGCGGCGAGGGGCGGUCAGAACCCGUUCGCCGGCGCCGGCACUUCGUUCUUCAGAGGUGGCAGGAAAGGAGCGGGCGGCCGCAGACGGUAA